AUGGCAUUCUUCACCAAGCUGGCGGGCUAUCCCCGCCUGCUGCUGGCCGGUAACCCCUCCAAGUACGAUUUGGGUACCUUGCUCUCCGCCAUCGUGUUUGCUAUCGGUUCGGGUGUCCCCUUUCCCAUCAUCGCCAUUGUCUUCGGUCAGCUCCUCGACAACUUCAACGACGUGACCUGCACCGAAGAAAACGGCGGAGGUGACACCUCCUCCGACUCCAACAGCAUCAACCACGAGAUCCUCCUGAUCGUCUACCUGGCAAUCGCCCAGUUCGUCCUCAUCUAUGGCCACCUCACGUGCUGGACCCUGUACGGCGCUCGUCUAGCCCAGCGCCUGCGUGAACGCUACCUGAAGAAUCUCCUCCGUCAGGAACCUUCCUUCUUCGAUAACCUGCCUCCUGGUGAGGUAGCCUCGCGACUGAGCAGCGAUAUUCAGACCAUUCGUUCGGGCACCUCAGAGAAAGUCGGCAUCACCCUGGCAAGUUUCUCGUUCUUCGUCACAGCGUACAUUGUGUCUUUCAUCAAGGAUUGGGAGCUGGCUGCCAUUCUGCUUUCUUUGAUUCCGGCCUACCUUCUGAUGUCCUUCGUGGGCAGUCAUUAUAUCGAAAAGUACUCUGGGCUCAUGUCGGACUAUGCCGCCAGUGCAGCAUCCAUUGCUUCUGAGGCCCUGUCGAACAUCGUCGUAGUGCAGGCCUUCGGCGCCAAUGCCCGCCUGGAGAAAAAGUUCGCUGGUGCGCUCAAGUCAUCUGAAACGCAGGGUCUGAAGAAGGCUACCGCUGUGGGUAUCCAGUCUGGUGUUUUGUACUUCAUCGCCUAUUCGGCCAACGGUCUGGCUUUCUGGAAAGGAAGUCACCGUAUCGCCGAUUCAGUCAGAGAUGGCACAGCAGGUGUCACUGUCGGUGCUACUUUUACUGUCAUCUUUGUCUUAAUCGAGGCUACUCUGCUACUUAGUCAGGUCGCGCCCUUUCUCCACUUGUUCGUCGCUGCUACUGCUUCGUACGAGAAACUGCGCGAAGAUCUCGAUCGCGAACCCCAAAUUGAUAGCACCGGCGAGUCAGGCAUCCGUGUCUCACAAGCGGAGGGCGGCUUUGAGUUCCAGAAUGUCACCUUUCAGUAUCCGUCACGCCCUGAGGUCACCGUUCUCGACAACAUCAGUCUCUCUAUUCCUGCAAACAAACACACGGCUCUUGUCGGGUUGUCAGGAAGCGGUAAAUCUACCAUCGCUGGCCUUGUUACUCGGUUGUAUGAUCCGGUAGACGGAAAAAUUCUCUUUGAUGGUCACGACCUGCGUGAAGUCAAUGUCCGCGACCUGCGCAGCUACCUCAGUCUGGUGCAGCAAGAGCCCUCCCUGCUCGAUCGUUCCCUGCUGGAGAACAUUGCCCACGGCCUGAUGAAUUCAAGUAACCCGGAUCAUGAACGCCUGAAGAUGGCCCUGAUGAGCUCCGACCUGACUGAAGUUGCCCGCGAGGUCCGGGAGGGCCAGGAUCUUAUGGCUGCCGCCGAGAAACGCGGCGCAGAAAUUGUCGAGGUUGUCAAGAUGGCCUGUCACGCUGCGAAAUUGGCUGAUGCGGAUACCUUCAUUUCAGCAUUGCAACAUGGAUACGGUACCAUGGUUGGAUCUAGCGGACGUCUUAUCAGCGGUGGUCAGAAGCAACGUGUAUCACUAGCUCGAGCCCUGGUCAAAGACCCUGCUGUCCUCAUUUUAGACGAAGCCACGGCGUCGUUGGACUCCCGGAGUGAACAGCGCAUCCAGCGGGCCAUCGCCGGCAUUGCCAGUGGCAGAACCAUGAUCACGAUUGCUCACCGACUGUCAACCAUCACCAGCGCGGACAACAUCAUCGUCAUGUCUAAGGGCAGAAUCUUGGAGCAAGGGACCCACGCUGAGCUAAUGGCCAAGGAGGGCGCAUAUUUCGACCUAGUCAAAUUACAGACGCUGGGAACCGCGUCCGCCAAGACUGACGCCUCCGCAAGCGUGGACAGUAUCAGCAAAUCUGAUGACACCUCGCUGACGGAAGCUGAGAAUGAAAAGGCCAGUCUCACCCUGGACACCCUCGAGAAGACGGAGGAGACCAAGGUCUCGGAAACCGAAACCCCAGCCGGCAAUGAGGCUGCCGAAGAGGAAGAGCCGGAGACUCCCAAAAAGUCACUGUGGGCACUGGCUAAGGGAUAUGCCCCUGCAUUGCGGCCACACCUCCUAUAUGUUUUCCUCGCCUUGAUUGGAUCCAGUAUCGUCGGUGGAGCCUUUUCUGGUGAGGCUGUUAUUUUUGGUAACACCGUCGGCAGCCUGAAUCCCUGCAAGAGUGCCUCCAGUAUCAGCAACCGCGGUGACUUCUACGGACUGAUGUUCUUUAUCCUCGCUAUCAUUGAGUUCUUCGCCAACGUGGUCAGCUGGUCCGGCUUCGGUUGGGUGUCCGAGAAGAUCGUUUACACUGUUCGUGUCCUUUCAUUCCGCUCGCUGUUCGAGCAAGACCUGCAUUGGCACCAGUCAAAUGGACGCAGCCCUGCCCUUCUGCUGUCGUACAUUACACGCGAUGGCAACGCCCUGGCUGGACUGAGCGGCUCGGUCAUCGGCACGCUCUUCUCCAUCACCGUCAACCUCAUCGCUGCCAUUAUUCUCACGCACAUCAUUGCCUGGAAGAUUGCGCUUGUCUGUCUGGCCCUGGUGCCGCUGCUCCUUGGUGCUGGUCUCAUGGAGCUGCUUGUGCUCGGCAAAUUUGAGGAGAAGCACGAGAAUGCCUACACCAAGUCGGUGGACAUUGGCGUGGAGGCAAUCACCUCCAUCAAGACCGUCUCCUCCCUGUCUAUCCAGCAGGAUAUCCUGCAAACCUACCGCGCCUCCCUGAAGGGGCCCCGCAUGGAGACCCUCGUAGUAACUCUGCAAGCCAGUCUCUGGCAGGCUAUGACUUACUUCCUGGGCAACCUCGUCAAUGCGCUCGCCUACUGGUGGGGUGCGAAGCAGAUUAUCGAAGGCACAUACACGCAGACACAGUUCCUGAUCGUGGUGUUUUCCCUGCUGGUCAGCGCCCUACUCUGGAGUCAGAUGUUUGCACUGGCUCCAGAACUGUCCAGCGCGCGUGCCGCUAUGGCUCGCAUCCUAGGACUGAUUGAGAUCGGUUCCGACAAGAUGCAAGGCCGGGUGCCAGACCAUAGCAAUUCUUCCUCCGAUCCUGAAGCUUCCACCACUAUUGAACCCAAGCCCACCACCCCCGCCAGCAUCCAGCUCCGUGACGUGCACUUCGCCUAUCCCGCCCGACCAGACAUCCAAGUCCUCAAAGGCCUCACUCUCGACAUCCAGCCUGGUAAAUUCUUCGCCCUAGUUGGCCCCUCCGGAGCCGGAAAGUCUACCAUCAUCUCCCUCAUCGAACGCCUCUACACCCCGCAAUCCGGCAGCAUCGCCAUCGACCACACAGACCUGAAGAACCGACCCCCUAGCUUCCGCGACACCAUCUCCCUUGUUCCUCAAGAAAGUGUUCUCUUUGAAGGCACUAUCGCCUUCAACAUCGGGCUCGGUGCACCCCCGAACCACACUGCGACGCAGGAGGAGAUUGAAGCUGCCUGCAAGCUAGCUAACAUCCACGAUACUAUCAUGGCACUGCCAGAUGGAUACGAAACAAUGUGUGGACCGAAUGGGAACCAAUUCUCGGGUGGACAGAAGCAGCGGUUGUCGAUUGCGCGGGCCUUGGUGCGCAAGCCUCGGUUGUUAAUUCUGGAUGAGUCUACGAGUGCUUUGGAUGCAGAGAGUGAGCGGUUGUUGGAGGAGGGCCUGGAGAGAGCAGCGAAGGGUAUCACAGUCGUGGCAAUUGCGCAUCGACUGAGGACCAUUCGCAAGGCGGAUGUCAUCUGUUUGAUUGAAGCAGGCGUUUGUGUCGAUCGCGGAACACAUGAGGAGCUUAUGGAGCGAUCGGCGAGUUAUAGGGAGAAUGUGUUGCAUCAAACCGUGGAGUAAACCUAUGGUUAUUCUUUCCGUCAAUUAAUAGACUUUAAUAAAUAGAUCGCUUGCAUAUUUGUAUAUACCAUUCAGUUACAAUUCGUUUGCAAAAAAUGCAGUCUGGCAUUGGAAGU